AUGCAUAUAAACGUAGAGGGCCGAGCGGCCCUCAAUUACUCCCCCACCUCUCAUGCCACCAAAGCCUCACGCAGCCUCCAGCAACAUGCCGCCAAAGCCUUCACCAACUUCACCAAUCAUGCCGCCAAAGCCUCACGCAGCCUCCAGCAACAUCGUUCUUAUCAGUGUAAGAGCAAGGAAGAGGAAGAAGAGGACGGUGAUAGUGUGAUUGAUAAAGAGUCUUUUAAUAGGGUGUUCGACAUAGCAGCAGUUCGGGUUCCUUCCCAAUACUGUUUUGUUCUUGAGAGUAGAAUUCGAGGGCAUUUAUUGAAUUGGCCUAGAAUUCGCAACAUUGCCAAAGUUCCAGGAGACGAAGUGGAAGAGGAAGUUGUCACUUUGUUAGGAGAGUCUCAUAGUGGGAGCGGAGAGGACAGCAUCUAG